AUGCGAUUCUCACAAACUCUUCUUCAGGCCAUCACUGCCUUCGCUGCUGGAGCCUCGGCUCUUCCAGCAAGCACUAGCGGCGAGACCAAAAAGUACCUUGUUAAACUAAAGUCAUCCCUGGACGCUGAUCUUACAGCACACACUCAAUGGGUGUCAGAAGUCCACUCGCGCAGCCUCUCUCGUCGAGGUGGGGAGACUACUGGAGUUGAGAAGCAAUUCAGUUUCCCAGGCUACCAAGGAUACGCUGGGUCUUUCGAUGAAGAGACCUUGGAAGCUAUCAGGGCCAGUCCAGAGGUCGCAGAGGUCGAGCCUGAGCUUAUUGUCUCAACUCUGGAAACCAUUUCCCAAGAAAAUGCGCCAUGGGCUCUGUCUAUAAUCUCCAAUGCCAACCCUCCAUCCUCAAGCUCGGCUUACCAUUACGACUCUAGUGCUGGAGAAGGGUCAUUCAUCUAUGUUUUUGACUCUGGUAUCCUACUGGACCAUGCUGAGUUCGGAGGACGGGCAGUGGCAGGAUAUACAGGCAGCGACCCAACUGACCUGGAGCACGGCACAGGCGUCGCCAGCAUGGCCGGUGGUGCAACCUUCGGAGUAGCUAAGAAAGCUACCCUCGUUAACGUACAAGUUAUGGGAAGCGCGAGUGGUUCGACAACCACGAUCGUUGAUGGCAUGACCUGGACAGUGAACGACAUCGUCUCCAAGAACCGGGUUGGAAAAUCCGUCAUCAACAUGUCCCUGUCCACACCCACAACCUCCAAGGUGCUGAAUGACGCGGUUCAGGCUGCCAUCGACAAUGGUAUCCCCGUUGUGGCAGCAGCCGGAAACUCAAAUGAGGACUCCGUCAAUACUUCCCCAGCCAACCAGCCCAACGCAAUCGCCGUCGCUGCCUGUAACAAGAAUUACCAGCGGUGGGCACACUCAAAUUGGGGAUCCGUGGUAGAUAUAUUUGCUCCUGGACAGGAGGUGACCGUCGCAUCUGCCACUGGCACCAACGCGUCCCGACUCAGCAGUGGCACAUCCGAGGCGGCUCCUGUUGUUGCUGGAGUGGCGGCAUACUUGCUGGCUCUCGAGGGUCCGCGCACGCCUGCCGAAAUUAAGACCAGGCUGGAGGAGCUGGCAAUCAAGGACAAAAUCACAGACACGAAAGAAGUCCCCAACCUUCUUUUGUAUAACGGUAUUGGAAAGUAA